UCAAGUGUAAACUUUAAACUAUCGUUCCCACACAAUAGGAUAUAACUCGAUUCGACUCAGCUUUACUUCGAAACACCGAUAAACAAACAGCCAUUUUGUUCGAAACGCAUUUGAAUCGUAGACCCGCGUGUCCGUCAGAUGUCGUCGUUACAUAAUUCCCAAUUACGGAACGAAUUCACGAUUCGACUGUGCGGUGGCGACCUCGCGGCGACCCUUCGGGAGCAGCUCGAGCCUCGAGAACAAUCGAGGCGAAAUUCACUCGCGGCGGCAGCCGGCGAGGAAAGAACGCGUUAUCUCGGAUCGGGGAUCUCCUCGGCUUCGACCGGAUGUCGAGGCCUCAAGGUUUCGGCGCCGACUUUGACCGUGACGGCUGCCUCCGCUGUCGGCGGCAAUUAUUCCUGCUUGCUGAUGCUUCCAAUUGUUGUGACAGCCACGCUUUUUUAUAAGUAACAGGCAUCCUUCUUAUAUAUACCAUGCAAUUUUUUACAGAGUCUACGCGAUGUUUAGCGUUCUCUCUUCUUUGGAAUUUUUC